CAACCAGCAACAAAUCUAAAUAUUUAAAAACAGAAACACCUGAACAUCACAUGGAGGCUUUAUGAUUGACAGUCAGGCUUUCAGUCCACGCUUCCCCAAACAGACAGAAACAUGCUUGUAUUGUCUUAUUGAAAUCACCAAUAAAUGUGUGUGUGUGUGUGUGUGUGUGUUGCAGGCUGAAUGAGAACAUGACGGUGUGUGUGGCAGACUUCGGUCUCUCUAAGAAGAUCUACAGUGGAGAUUACUACAGACAGGGUUCAGUCUCUAAACUCCCUGUGAAGUGGAUCGCUCUGGAGAGCCUCGCAGACAACGUGUACACUACACAGAGCGACGUGUGGGCGUUUGGCGUGGCGAUGUGGGAGAUCAUGACUCGAGGUCAGACUCCGUACCCCGGCGUGGAGAACUCCGAGAUCUACGAGUAUCUGAUCAAAGGAGAGCGACUGAAGAAACCUCCGGACUGCAGAGACGACAUUUAUGAGAUCAUGCACAGCUGCUGGAGUCCCGUCCCUAAAUGUCGGCCCAGUUUCCAGCACCUGAUUGGCCAGGUGGAGGCUCUUGGGGGCAGCCUGUCCCCCGGCCCCCCGCUGAAGGAGCCUCUGCUCUACGUCAACCUGGAGGGGGAGGAGGGGGAGCCUGGAGGAGGAUGUGGGGCCGACGGGGGGGUCGGAUGUCAGGGGAAGGGGAUGGAGGCGGGGAACCAGAGCUGGAGCAUCCCAUGGCAGAUCCGAGCGGAGGAAGAGGAGAAAGACUGGCUGAUGGUGGGGUCAGGGGUCGCCCUCGCUAUCGGCGGAGACUACAGGUACAUCAUCGGCCCCUGUGGAGCCCCUGAGGAAGAGGAGGAGGAGGAGGAAGGAUCUGGAAACAGAGGGGACACGUUACAGGAGGAUGGCAGAGACGAUGAGGACGACACCGUCAUUAACGUCUGA